GGACGAAGCCACCAACGUUCACCUCAUUCGCUGCGUCGCACGAACACAUCUCACAUCUCUGAAUCCGUUGCUACAGUUUGAAAGAGUCCCGGAAAGUCGGUCCCCGUUGUUUUUAUGUGAAAGUAUACGCCGAAAUGCCGAAGGAUUUUUUAAGAAGUGAAUCUCGAGAAGAUGACCUCGAUUCGGAGAUAGGCUCUCCUGGAGAUCAUGAGAGUCAAAGUGGCCAAAACUACGGUCCCAAUAAGCCUGGAAGGAAGAAGAAUCCCAACUCCCAGGCAGCCCGUAGGGACCAGAACCGCAUCGCGCAGCGCGAGUUUCGUCUAAGAAAACAGCAGAAAAUACGAGACCUCGAGGCUCGCGUGGAACUCCUCUCCGCUUCACAAGAUGAAGCUCUGACGGAUCUUAGGUCCAUCCUAAAGGACUUGAUGUCGGAAAAUCUGAUGCUUCGCAAUUUGCUAAAGAGUGUUGCUGGUUUCAUUGGCGAAGGUGCUGGGGGUGUCAUGGCGGAAUUGGGAUAUGAAAUGCAUGAGUUUGAGGCACUCCUCAACAAAUCUGAAACAGAUACAGCUUGGGAGAGUUUUCAAAAGAGAAAGCGGGCUCAGAAGACGGCACAGUCAACUGAAUCCAUGUCAUCAACUCUGGGUCCCCAAACUGGGCCCAGCAAGAGACCCGCCGAGGAUACCGCAACGUCCAGUCAAUCCAAGAAAUCUAGGGGGAUGGGUGGGUCCGACAAUCCAACGGAACGACAUGAGGCGUAUCCGCUACUUAUACCAAUGAGUACAACCGUGCCGCCGCCGCCACCAGCUGCAACAACGUUAUAUCCACCUCCGACACGAUCACCCCAGGAAAACAUCUUUUCCGACCUUAUGCGCAAUGGACACGCUACCUCUUCUGUUUUCCUGCCUCCCACACCAUCGGCGACCCCAGGUCAAUACCCUACGCCGUCAUCAUCGAGCGGGUACUCGUACUUGCCACAGAUGAAUUUAAUGGAUCAAGGGAUGAGUACCAUGUCCUUUUCUUCAUCCAAGAAUGGAACAGUGCGUGCCCAGCCACGCGUUCUUCCGCAAGCCAAUGCAACGUCUGAGGAACCAGACGACGAUGGGGAACCUGAGGACCCAAAGAAGGUUGAGGCCAUGAAAUUGAUCAGGUAUCAUCUAGACAAUUAUACACGAAACAACAAUUAUUGCCUACCUUCCUCUCUACGACCGACCUUAGUGCAAAAGACGGUGAAUCAUGAGAGCAUAAUUGAUCGCAUCAUUAACCCGGAGUUGCGUGAUCGCAUCAUACUUUUAAGAGGGCAAUUCUCUUUGGCUGACUGCUUAUAUGAUUACAAGAAAGCUAUAAAAGUACAUGGUGACGAUGUUCUCGCGCACUGCAAUUGGGAGUUGUCGGAGUGGUGGCUACAGAAAUAUAGUUAUUUGGUCGGGGAGGCAACCUUGGAGACCUGUAAUCGCUGGAGGCGUGAACGUGGAGAAGCAGAACUGAAGUUAUCAACCACUGGUGUGCAGGGUGAAUCCCCGUCUUAACACGAUGCUACUACCGUUCUGGGUGAGAAGGCGUCUGCGCGCAGACAUCUGGUAACCACUCGGAAGUCUGAGGAUCGUAUAUAUAUCUCAAGUCGCUGCGU